UAACGUUGUCAUCUGAUAUGUCUUUUGUCUAUAAUUGCUUUAAAUUCGACAACUAAUAAAACACGGGGAUUUUCUGCACGAAGCAGACCUAAAUCAAGUUAAGUUUAUCUUUUUUUUUGUUUUAUAUCAGCGCGUCCUUCUCUUUGAUGAGUUUACAAAUGUUUGCCAAUGUACUUUUUUCUCAGAUUCGAACUGUUAAAGCAGGUUAAACAGUGACAACAAUUGGACAAAAUUAACUGGCAUAUUUAUCAAGUUGUAUUCAAUAGUUAAUUUGUACUUGGAUAUUCUCGUCGCCAGACUCGUUCAUUAAAAUAGAAAUUCAUUGAGAUUUUGUUGGUGCGUCAUAUCCGGAAGUGGACAAGAGUGCCGGGAUGCUAGAGACGCGGCACCACUGGCUUCCCGUGGCCAUGGCCAUCUACCUCCCAGUCUCUUGCUUCAUCACGUAUUCAAUAGCAGUGGGAAAUGGAAACGUUGAGCCCGGCUUUCCGUACAUUAGCGACACAGGAACCAUACCACCGGAAAGUUGCGUCUUCGGACAGCUCAUGAACAUUGGGGCCGUUCUAGGUGGAAUUAUAAUCUACAUACGGUACCGUCAUAUCCAGCUCCACUGCGAGCAGACGCCAGGUACCCAGGGGAUGAUCCGACUCAACACCGCUGCCUAUGUCAUUGGUAUUCUCACAGUCUUUGGCGUCAGUGUAGUCGGAAAUUUUCAGGAGACCAACGUGAUAGUCGUCCAUCUACUCGGUGCUACAUUGGCGUUUGUCGUCGGCUUUGUCUAUUUUGUGCUUCAAACUAUCAUCAGCUUUAAAGUGGCAGCCCUGGAUUUCAAAAUUCCCGGAAAUACGGUCAACACUCGGCGCGUGCGGGUGUUGCUAAUUGUCUUGGACUUCAUCUUUUUGCUGCUAACUGGAAUAUUUGCCCAGCUAUCUAGAUCGAAGGGGCCAGGGCAGGGCAUACCAAGCAGGAAAUGGUCAGAGGAUAAUCCAGGUUAUAGUGAACAUCUAGUGGCUACAAUAUCAGAAUGGCUGGUCGCGUUCGUGUCUGUGAUAUAUUUUUCAACAUUUUACCCAGAAUUCAAACAUUUUCGUGUGAGGCCGCCGAAAGUGGAAUACUAUCCGGACACCACCGGAAACGUUAUGCCUACCUCCACCGAGCAGAUCCCAGCAAGGCCAGACAGGCAAACUAAGUACCAGACCUUUACAGAAACUAAUUAUGUGUAGAAUAGUGAAGUAAGUCAAUGAAGGGAAUUUUGAGUUUGAUAUAUACUAUUUAACCAAUAUACACCAUCCACACCACGGGCCGGCCACAUGUCAUGAUUUAACCAAUAUACACCAUCCACACCACGGGCCGGCCACAUGUCAUGAUUUAACCAAUAUACACCAUCAACACCACGGGCCGGCCACAUGUCAUGAUUUAACCAAUAUACACCAUCCACACCACGGGCCGGCCACAUGUCAUGAUUUAACCAAUAUACACCAUCCACACCACGGGCCGGCCACAUGUCAUGAUUUAACCAAUAUACACCAUCCGCACCACGGGCCGGCCACAUGUGUCUCUAGUCAUGAAGGUGCGUCAGUGUUGCACGUAUUGAUGAUGGCGGCUUCUUUUUCAUCUUGUCUCACGUUCAUGGACAAGGGUGGUUGUAUAUGAUAAAAUAUAUAUGUACAUGGACCAUGGGAUUGUGUACUUUAAUAAUCAGAAAGGAAGGAUCUCAUGAAUAAUAUAAAUAUAUAUAUCUUGGCAAACUGCAUUUCUAGAUCCGCUCACCAGAGAAGUGAAAAACAUUUAAGAUAUAUGAAGUAGUUGUUUUUUCAAUAUCAGUUUUAUCCAGCGAUCUUAAAAAUUGUUUUUAAUACGAGACUGGAAACGAAAGAAAACUUACAUAACCAGUUUUGUAAGACAUUAUUUUAAAGUCAACAACAUUUCUGACUGUGCCUUUGAAUUCUAGAGGUGUUCGUGAUAUAUUACUCAGAUAUUUUUGUUCAUAUCAGUAUCUCA